AUGUUAUCAAAUUUGCCGACUUUUGAUACCUUUAUCGAGAAGGUUCCGUCGCGAAAUGUAGGCGGUGUUGGUUUUGUUGUGCACCCAUCUGUCGUCCAUGUUGUCGACUCUCACGAGAUCGUGUCACCUCGUCUGGCCAUUCUUCACCUCCGCCCUCUGCGCCAAAAACCCAUCAGUAUCAUCAACUGCUACUCACCAACAUUAGCAGCUGAUGAAUCCGAAUUGGACGCGUUUUACGAGGAGCUGGAAGAAGUAAUCCGCAACGAGAAGUCCUUCUACAAAUUCGUUGUCGGAGACUUCAAUGCAAAACUAGGAGAGGCUGCAGAAGAGGAAUACAGGAUUGGAAGAUUUGGACUAUGGGGCCGGAAUGAAAAUGGCAAUCGUCUCGCUGGGCUGUUGUCCGCCGCUCACCUCUUUCAUGGGAAUUCUCUUUUCAUGAAGAAAGAUCAUCGUCAGUGGACAUGGGAAUCGCCCAAUGGCGCGACUCGGGAGGAGAGCGACCACAUACUCACCAACCGGUGCUGGUGUCUACUUGACAUCUCCGUAAGGAUUCCUGUGCUGGGGGUGCCUCGAAGCCGUAGACGACAAGCUUGGAUCGAAUUUCGAAAGACCACCAAGGAAUUGUUGGAAAGAAAAAGGGCUUUGAGGCUUGCUCCGAAUGCAUCGCAUAUUGAGCGAAAAGCGUUGCAGGAGGAUCUUCUGAAAUGCAGACAGAAGAAGAUUCUGGAAGCAGCACAAAGAAGAAGGAGUCUAAAAAAGUGCCGCAGGGAUCUCCGCGAAUAUAAUAUUCCGCUAGCAACUUUGCUGAGCGAAGACGGAAUUCGCACGUCUUCUCGUCGUGAGAUGGAAAUCAUUACGGAGAGGUUCUACUCGAACCUUUUCCGUUCAUCAACCCCUGUGUCAAGCCCGAUCAUCCCCUUUGGUGAAGCUCCACCACGGAUUCUCCCUUCGGAAGUACGAGUCGCUAUCAAGAGCAUGAAACCUGGCACAGCCCCCGGUCCUGAUUUUAUAUCAACAGACUCUCUCCGGGCUGGUGGCCAUCAACUUCAUGCAAUCUUAGCAGCGCACAUGACAUCCUACCUUCAGAAAGAAAGGAUCCCAGACCAGUGGAGUACCUCGCGUAACCGUUCUUAUCCACAAGAAAGGAUGGUGGAUGAAGCCCAGCCUCAAGAACAAGCUGGAUUCCGUCAGAGGUUCAGUUGCUUGGACCACAUCCAGACCUUGUCGAGGGUCAUAGAGGUUUGCCGGGAAUACCGCCUGCCCCUUGUUCUAACCUUCGUCGACUAUGAGAAAACCUUUGACAGCGUAGAAACGAAUGCAAUACUGUCAGCGCUGGUCGAUCAAGGCGCGCCCUGUUACGCAGCGGAGACGUGGGCAGACACUGCUGCCACGUCUAGGAAGUUUCUUACUACCCACAGAGCCCCCGAGAGAUGUCUUCUGAAGUUUAACCGGCGCACACAACACCUAUCCGGUCUUCGCAACUCCGACUUAAGAGGAAUGUCCCGUCUUGGCGACCCAGCGGAAUAUGUAUCGAAAACAAAACAUAGAUGGGCCGGUCACAUGAGAAGAAUCGACGAUAGAUGGAUUACAAGAACGCUAGAGUGGAUCCGAAGAGAUGCUAAACGCCCUCGAGGGAGACCGCCAGUGAGUGACACGUAUGGACCAGCUGAGGGCUCAGCUGGAUACGGCUGA